GCGGAAGUGGCGCUCUGGGCGCCGCAGGAACGGUGGGGAGGGAGCGUGAGGCGGCGGGAUGAACGCUCCUCCGGCUUUCGAGUCCUUCCUUCUCUUCGAAGGCGAGAAAAAGAUCACCAUCAACAAGGACACCAAGGUGCCCAACGCCUGUCUGUUCACCAUCAACAAGGAGGACCACACGCUGGGGAACAUCAUCAAGUCGCAGUUACUGAAGGACCCUCAGGUGUUGUUUGCAGGUUACAAGGUCCCACACCCCCUGGAACACAAAAUCAUCAUCCGUGUCCAAACAACGCCAGAUUACAGCCCCCAGGAGGCUUUCACCAACGCCAUCACAGAUCUGAUCAGUGAGCUGUCCCUCCUCGAAGAGAGAUUCAGGGUUGCCAUCAAAGACAAACAGGAAGGAAUCGAGUAAAAUGAGCACACCAAGACUGGACUGCGCUUCUGAUGAAGAAUGAUGCGUCUGGGAGCUGAAUGCUUUAUUUAAACCUUCAUUCAUGGCAAUUACUUUCCUUUUCAUCCUGCUUAUUUUUGGCAGCAGUAUUGGGAGGGGAGGUUUGUGUCUGCCAAGUCUUGUUUGAUUUGAUGGCUUAAUUCACUACAAUGAUUUUUACUUUUCUACUUGGAGCCUUAAUGCUGCUAUGUGCACCAGGCUGUAGCUCAAUUUGACUGUACUUUGGAGAUGCUGAGUGGCAGCAGCAGAUCACAUUCCUGCUUUUCCAUUUCAAGAAAUCCAGAUUCUGGCAGGAGAUUUGUUACUGUGUUUUAUUAAGUGUUGUUUCUAUAAAACAAAUGCACAAAUUGUGUAAACUUACAGAAAAAAGAACUGGAUGACUGGA